AUCAUUCUUCGCCGCAACCAGCAGGCGAUGGCACUAAACCGGACUCUCAAGGAUGACGCGGAGAAGGCCAGAUGCCUCGGGGCCUCAGGUCCCACUCUCGCCUCGCACAUCCGCAGGCUCCGCAUCGACAAGAUACAGUGCAAGGCGAUAGAGGAGAUUUUGCAGGCCGCCACGAACGUAGAGGCCUUCCAUCUCCAUACUGAAGUGCCUUCGGGUGCGGGCUCGAUCGACUGGUUCGGUGCGUUCAAGCAUAUAUCGCCGCAGCGAGUGUACCUCCACCUCAGGGAGAGGGAAUUCCGCAUGGAUUCGUACAAAAACCAAGAGCUGCUUACCGAUGCGGUCGAGAGUGUCCUUGCUCCCAAGCCAGACGGAGGCAUGAGUUCGGCCGUUUGGGGAAAAGUUAGAGAGGUCCAUAGGAAGCGUUACCGGUACACGACGUCGCGCUAUGCUCUCCCAGAGGGGGAAACGCAAAUCACUCGUCGCGACGUAGACCUCUCGAACGCCUGCGUGCCAAGUCUCAGAAAGGAGGAGCAUUGGCCGAUGGUGACCGAUUUUCCGCCGGCCGAACGCCUUCCGGCCUCGGUGUGGAGUCACAUCUUCAGUUUUUCUAUGCUAGGCCACGGAUUGGGCGAGUGGAAUAAAGAGGAGGGCCCUCGCUGCCGGAAGGUCUGGCUUUCAGGACGUCCUGACAUCAGGUUGCUCCUAGUAAGCAAAUGGUUCAAGGGAAUGGCCGAACCCCUACUCUACAGCGAGCCGACACUCGAUAGCGACCGUGCGGUCCAGCUCUUUGGCGAAAACUUAUACCAAAGACCAGAGCUCGCCAAGCACGUUCGCACGCUCAUGAUCCCCUCGGAGCAUACUACUGGUGACGAGCCUCCAAGCGGCGCGAGGACGAACAACGGCUUCAGGCCGAUUCCUUGGGCCUUACCAAACCUCCGGACCAGUGAAGGCGUUCUGUUUGCCUCCAUCUCGCCCCAGAGGCAGCUAAUGCUGCAUAGCCCGCCGCUAUCGCUGGUGACCUUGCGGCUCGAGUGUCGUGGCAGACACGACUGCGGCUACCGUUGCCUUCAGCAGUGUGUAGAGGGGCGGUUCUGUCUAGACGGCAGUUUCUUCAACAGCCUCCCUCAUCUCGAGCAUCUCGACAUAUGUGGAUGCAUCGUGCGGGGGCCACAAGACACCCUGUCCGUAUUGGAGGCAUUGCCCCGUCUCAAGAGUCUCCGUCUCUGUCUAGAGGACGGCGAGAACUGGGCAGUCCAAUGUCUCUCCGUGAUGCGACUACGUGCUCUUGAGACAUUGCUUCUGAAAAUGUACUAUUUCCGCAACAAUGCGCCGCGUGUCGUUGAAUUCCUCAAGAAGCACGGCCACAAGUUCAAACGCAUUGAGCUCACGGGCUCGCUUCGCCCGGAGGGCUGGGACCUACCCUUGCUCGAUCACUGUCCCAAUGUCAGGUCACUCAAGAUCGACGCAUACCCUUAUGUGACGCCCGAAGUGAUGAGGUGCCCUCGGCCGCACCAUCAUCUUAAGUACCUUUCGAUUUCCAGUCCACCCGACCAGUACGAGCCCCGCCACAAACACAAGAAAGUAGACGCAUGGGAACGCGUUCUUCUCGACAUAGAUUUCGAACCGUUCAUCGUGCUGGAAGAGCUUAGGCUGGGUACCCCUGCCUCAUUCGGGGAAACCGGUAUCAUAUGGCCAGACAGCGAGGCCACUGCCAAGGGGAGCCCCUGGCCUGACCUGGUAGCCAAACUGAAGCAGCGGUGCCCGACCAUGUCCAUCUCAAAGGAAGGAAACAUCAAGUGGGCCAGGGCCGUCACACUGAAGACGAAGGUCUCGAAGAAGACGAAGGUCCCGAAAGAGACGAAGGUCCCGAAAGAGACGAAGGUCCCAAUGAAGACGAAGGUUUGAAGGCCAGGCCUGUCGCAGACCUCAAGGAGUGGCCAUCUGUGGACUUAGCUGUACAUCUCGACGCGCGAAAAUACGGUACCGGUAGCUCGUUGCUUGCAAUUAAGACGCAGG